GUCCCAAGUCUUUUCGUAGUUGAUCUUUCGUUGGCGGAGAAGACGCUAUCGCGAGUGAGAGUGAAAUUCUACUGACAACUUAAAAUAAGUGCCGAUUAGUGUUUUAUAAACAUAAUUUAAUUUUCAGUUUGUGUUAAAUCAUUUAUAUCGUUCGUAAUGGCUGCUCUCAGUACGACAACGACCUUAUCGUCCGCAUCAGUAAAGCCGGUUGUAAGAUACGAAGGAAAAAGAUACAAAGUCUGCAUCAUCGGCUCUGGCAAUUGGGGAUCCGCCAUUGCUAAAAUUGUGGGACGAAAUGCUGGAGUCAUAGAAGCUUUCGACUCUGAGGUCAUCAUGUAUGUGUAUGAAGAGAUGAUCGAGGGCAAGAAGCUGACAGAGAUCAUCAAUGAGACGCAUGAAAAUGUGAAGUACCUCCCCGGACAUAUCAUACCCUCCAAUGUGAUUGCCGUGCCUGACCCAGCGGAGGCGGUGAAGGACGCAGACAUCCUCAUUUUUGUGGUGCCCCACCAGUUCAUAGGCCACAUCUGCACAGCCAUCGAGGGCAAAAUCAAGCCCACUGCUUUUGGUCUAUCAUUGAUCAAGGGUUUUGACACAGCAAAAGGCGGUGGCCUCGAGCUGAUCUCGCAUAACAUCGCAAAACGACUCCAGAUCCAGAUGGCCGUGCUGAUGGGUGCCAACCUGGCCAAUGAAGUGGCAGAAGAGAAGUUCUGUGAAACCACCAUUGGUGCUGCUGAUCGAAGGGUGGGUGGUAUUCUGAAGGUUCUGAUCGAGACACCUUACUUCCGAGUGGUGGUCGUCGACGAUGCGGACACUGUCGAAAUAUGUGGAGCUCUCAAGAACAUAGUGGCUUGCGGAGCUGGAUUUGUGGACGGAUUGGGGUUGGGAGACAACACUAAAGCCGCUGUGAUCAGGCUGGGGCUUAUGGAGAUGGUCAAGUUUGUCGACGAAUUCUAUCCUGGAUCCAAGUUAGGAACAUUCUUCGAGAGCUGCGGCAUAGCCGACCUGAUCACCACCUGCUACGGCGGCCGCAACCGUCGCAUCUCAGAGGCCUUCGUUCGAACCGGCAAGACAAUACAGCAGCUAGAAAAGGAGAUGUUGAAUGGCCAGAAGCUGCAGGGUCCGUUCACUGCUGCAGAAGUCAACGUUAUGCUCAAAACUAAGGAGAUGGAAAAAAGAUUCCCUCUGUUCACUGCCGUUCACAAGAUCUGUAUCGGGGAGAUCAAGCCUAACAAAUUCCUUGACUGCAUCAAGAGUCACCCUGAGCACAUAAUGAAAGAGGAUAGCUCAAGUGUGGAGGUGAGGAGGUCUACAGCUCCUCAAGCCUGGCCGACGUUGCAGGCAAAGCUCACUCCGGACAGAAGGGCAUUCCACACCAUGAGAUGUGAACACCGCAAAUUCUUUAGUACCUCAGUCUAUUUUGGCAAGCGGAAUUAUCCGAGAGCAGCCCUCACGAGGGUUUAUCCCUCUCGUGGGUUCAGUACAUCGUUACAAAGUCUCCUCCCUGUGGUCCUCAGAGUACUGAAAUGGUAACAAAGCAGGCUGAUCGCAUAUUAGUCGUUCUGCCCCCGUUGGCCCUAACGAAAGCCAAAGGCCAAUCCUAACGCUACAUGACAAUACAGUAUUUUAGUGCAACGAACAGUUUAUCCUUAUUAAGUUUUAACCUCGUGAUAGCCUCCUAUACUGUAGAUUUUAUAGUCAAUCGUAAUUGCCCACAUCAAAAUGUAAAUUUAAAUUUUCCAAUUCAAAACAGAAUUGUUAUAGUAGUAAACAGAUAGUUAUAAGGGUAAAGAAAUCGGUGAAAUGUGUAAAUUACUCUAACCUGUUCCUUAGGUGACAUGCCUUGAAAAUUCAACAAGAUUGAAAGGUUACAUUUUAAUGUUCUUUUUAAGUAUAUUUUUAAUUAAUGUUUUAUUUGUUAAAACUGUUAUAAAAAUAAUGACUGCACAAUAAAGUAGCUGGUAUUUCCUGACUUAUCCAAAUAAAAUCUAAAAUUGAAGUGGUAAAAUCUUGUUAUUUACUUUUACAAAAUUUAAAUACAAAAGGGUAUAAUAGAGGAUAUGUAAUCUGUAUUCAACACUUUUGCGAAUGAUAAUACCGUCAAUUACAUUUUAAGCUAAUUUGGAACCGUCUUAAAUGAAUUUUAAAAGCCAGUGUAUAUUUGAAAUACAUUCCUAUUUUGUUUAAAAAGACAUGAGGUACCAAGUACAAUCUGUCAUAAUAGUGAACAAAAUUUUGGUGCCUUUGAAAGACUAAAGUCUUUAAACAGGUUGUUAGAUUUGAGAUAUAUUUUAUGUUGUUACUUUAUAUACAAUUUUUAUUAUGAAAUUUCUCAUCUGUUAAAUUGUAUUAAUAGAUUUUAAAUUGUGUAUCAUAAGUAAAUAAAUUGUUGUAUUGGA